ACCUCCCAUUGAUAUGAUGUCAGUAUAAGAGAGUAAAAAUAUCUCACGGCCUAAAUCAUUCUAUUCGCGGCUAGUUGCUUUUUCGGAGAUUCAGUCGCAUCCUAUCUUCACCUCCGCCGGUCAUCAAAUCUCCGCAACGUUGACUCUCCGCGACUUUUCUCAGCAACCCAAAAACAACCCCAAUAAAUGAAAACAUGACAAUAAAUGCUUCUUCCAGCUCCCAGGUUCACCAGGGCCCCGAGUUCCCAACCUGGCGUCCCCCUCACCCAGCAACCUCGAGCUCAAGCUCACGAUCCUCCGCAUCACCAACACCAUCAGCAACAACAGCACGAAAAGCGAAACCCUCACCACCCCUUGACCCGUCCAACUACCCCAAUGGCGAGAAAUCCCUCUCCGGAAUCUCCCUCCGAGCCUUUCUCAUCGGCAUCACACUAGGACUUUCAACCUGUGUCACGUUCUUCUUCGCCUUUCUCCAGCCAACGCCCCUAUGGCGCGUCCCCUUUUUCCUCGCCUCGCUGUCGCUCUUUCACUUCCUUGAGUUCUACGUUACCGCAGCGCAUAACACGCGCUAUGCAUCUGUUUCCGCGUUCCUUCUCUCCAGCAACGGCUGGGCAUACAACAUCGCACACGGAUCCGCGAUGCUAGAAUGUCUUAUCGGAUAUUACUUUUUCCCCGAGAGCCGCUAUUACUUUCUCAACAUCGAAGACGCCUCCGGUCUUAAGAUAAAUUUGGUUUUGGGGUUGUUCUUAAUGGUGUUGGGCCAGGUCGUACGCACUCUGGCAAUGGCCCAGGCGGGAAGUAACUUCAACCACACCGUGCAGGUCGAACAUCAAGAGGGGCAUGUGCUGGUACGGAGCGGGGUGUAUUCAAUUUCGCGACACCCGAGCUACUUUGGGUUUUUCUGGUGGGGGUUGGGGACACAAUUGGUGCUGGGGAAUGUGGUCUGUUUUGUGGGCUAUGCGCUUGUGUUAUGGAGGUUCUUCUCUAGUCGGAUUAAGAGAGAGGAGAAGUUCUUAAUCUGUUUUUUCGGAGACGAUUAUGUGGAUUACAAGAAGACUACUUGGGUUGGGAUCCCGGGUAUUUAGUGAUUGAUGUACAUAAGAGAUUCUUGAGGACAGGCUGAUAUAGACUCAUACUAAUAGCUUAAUUAUUUACUCUUUCCGUUAGCUUUUAUCCAGAGAGAUAGCUCAGAAUACCCAGUCAACGAGUUCGAAAAGCCUGCUACUAUCCUUAUUGACGGGAUCAUCACUCUUGAUGUUUUCAAUCGCCUCCUUAAAUAACCAUCCUACACCCAAAGAACAAGGACCAAGAAUCUACCGCAGCAUAAACUUUCAAAACGAAAACACCACC